AUGCUGCCAUUGUUAUAUCUUUUUGCGGUAUCUCCUUUUCAACGGUUGAUUAUCAGAUAUCAUUACGAAAAUCUCUGCCUGAUAAAGAUGAAUUUCGUGUGCUUCCCAAGUUAGUGUAUCUCUUCUAUAAACUGCUUACCAUCACUUCUUGGCUACUCAGUGUUUCACUGAUCACUUUACUAAGUGUUAGAAGUUCUGUAAUUCUGCUGAUAUUUCUUUGGAUCUGUGGCUUCACCUGGACUUUGAAACAACAUACGACAUUCUGCAAAUCUAAGAAGAUGGAAUAUCUGUACAGAACUGUUGUUGGAAUCAUUCUAAUUUUUACCUUUUUUAACAUAAAAGGGAGAAAAACUAAAGUUUGCAUUUCUAUUUAUUAUGCUACUCACACUGUUGUAACUCUAGGUAUCUUGAUUGUCUAUAUGUUUUGGAAACCUACCAUUAUCAAGGAAAUACAUUUUACAAUUGUGAGCAUCCUAACUACUCUUAGUCUGGUGUUAGGUAUUAUUUUUCUUGUUGUUUAUUAUAGGCAUUUUCAUCCCACUGCUUAUUGCAGACCACAGGCAUGUUCAGAUGAAAUUGAUGGAGAGGCAGGACAAAAAGUUGCAGUGAAAACUGGUAGAUUUCAAAAUUUCAUAAUGCAAUGA